UGCUAAACAGCGUAGCAUGGUGUUAGCGCUCCGACACGAGUACAUUAGCAAGCUAUGUCGGUGUUGCCAGCAAAGAUGCAAACAGGAACAAAAGAUAAACAAGCGCUCACGGUGGCGCUCUACCGGCGGCUGACGUCGGCGUUGUCCUUCAGGCAGCUUUUGACGCGAGUCACAUGAUCGAAGCCGGCUUCAAACUGCUUCCUCAGCUGCAGACGAGAAGAGACGAGAAAGGUAAAAGCGAUACAUGUGGCUUCGACAUGACCGCCGAUGAUGUCUUCUACCUCGCCGAGCUCAUCGCCGAGAGGCUCCAGGUCGAAAGAGACGGACGAGGCCUUCAUCAUGGAGCCGCUGCCCAGCGUGUAACUGCGCAGGAAGUCACAAGCCGUUAACCAAGCACUGCAGCGAUGACGACGGCGGCGGCGGCGACGACGACGACUCCGACUCACCAUCUGAUGCUUGCUUUGUGGAGCAGGAACAAGGAGCGCACCAUCGCCAAGCGUGGAGGAGCCGCGUGGAUCACCCUGCCCACCGUGACGCCACACUCGCCACACCUCACGCUGCUGAAGAUGCUGAGGACACACGGCAUGAGACGCUGAGGACACUCAACCCGCACUCAUGACAACACGAUGGAGACGACUAAAACAGACCGCGCCCAUGACUCAUCGCAUGAGGACGCUGAGAACAAAGGAGUGGACAAAGUUAGGAAAAAGUUGAUUGGUCCCUGAGAAAAAAGGAGGACGUUGACAACAAAUGAGAUGAAAUGUUAAGUAUAAAUGAGCGCAACGCGACGCUGAGGAAGAACACAUGAACUCAACAGUGGCGCUGAGGAGGACUUUGAGAACAAAUUAGAUGAAUUUGCUGAGAAAAAGGGAGGGCGCGGACAACGAAUGAGAUGAGGACGCAACCACGAAAAACAACAAACUAGGUGCUGACAAUAAAUGAGAUUGCUGAGAUACUGAACUCAGACAGUGGCGCUGAGAAAAACAGGAUGAGGACGCUGACAACGAGAACAGGUGAGGUGAUGACAGCACAGAGAUGAGGUCGCUGAGAACAAAUGAGUUGAUGACAAUGAGCGGGAAAACCUGAGAUCACACACACAUGAGAAAUGUUGAUGAAAAGCCAUCGACACACUUGAUACUGAGAUUGAAUGAGAUGAGGACAUGAAGAUACAAAUGUGAUAAAUGACGAGUAUGAGGAUGCUGAGAAUAAAAGAACUCAAACAAUGGCCCUGAGAUGAGGACGCAGCAACAGAGAUGAGGGAAAAGAGGGACACUUAAAUGAAGAUACUGAGACUAUAUGAGAUUGUGAAUGAGAAGAUUGAGGGCAAACCAGGCAAAUAGAAGAGAUGAGGAGCCUGAGAAGACAACAAAUGAGGUGAUGACAGCACAGAGAUGAGGUCGCUGAGAACAAAUGAGUUGAUGACAAUGAGCGGGAAAACCUGAGAUCACACACACAUGAGAAAUGUUGAUGAAAAGCCAUCAACACACUUGAUACUGAGAUUGAAUGAGAUGAGGACAUGGACAUGAAGAUACAAAUGAGAUAAAUGCUGUGUAUGAGGAUGCUGAGAAUAAAAGAACUCAAACAAUGGCGCUGAGAUGAGGACACAGCAACAGAGAUGAGGGAAAAGAGGGACACUUAAAUGAAGAUACUGAGACGAUAUGAGAUUGUGAAUGAGAAGGUUGAGGGCAAACUAGGCAAAUAGAAGAGAUGAUGAGCCUGAGAAGACAACAAAUGAGGUGAUAACAGCACGGAGAUGAGGUCGCUGAGAACAAAUGAGUUAAUGACAAUGAGGGGGAAAAACCUGAGAUCACACACAUGAGAAAUGUUGAUGAAAAGCCAUCAACACACUUGAUACUGAGAUUGAAUGAGAGGAGGACGUAGACAUGAAAUUACAAAUGUGAUAAAUGCUGAGUAUGAGGACGCUGAGAAUAAAAGAGAAGUCAAACAAUGGCGCUGAGAUGAGGAUGCAGAGAAGGAAAGAAGAUGAGGACACACAGCAACAGAGACGAGGGAAAAGAGGGACACUUAAAUGAAGAUACUGAGACUAUAUGAGAUUGUGAAUGAGAAGAUUGAGGGCAAACCAGGCAAAUAGAAGAGAUGAGGAGCCUGAGAAGACAACAAAUGAGGUGAUGACAGCACGGAGAUGAGGUCGCUGAGAACAAAUGAGUUGAUGACAAGGAGGGGGAAAAACCUGAGAUGACACACACAUGAGAAAUGUUGAUGAAAAGCCAUCAACACACUUGAUGAGGACAUAGACAUGAAAUUACAAAUGUGAUAAAUGCUGAGUAUGAGGACGCUGAGAAUAAAAGAGAACUCAGACAAUGGCGCUGAGAUGAGGACGCAGAGAAGGAAAGAAGAUGAGGACACAAAGCAACAGAGAUGAGGGAAAAGAGGGACACUUAAAUGAAGAUACUGAGACUAUAUGAGAUUGUGAAUGAGAAGAUUGAGGGCAAACUAGGAAAAUAGAAGAGAUGAUGAGUCUGAGAAGACAACAAUAAGGACAAAAAAACCCACAUGUUGAUAAAAUGCUGAGAUAAAUACACUCUCAUUAUGCUUUGCACCACUGCUGUAUGAGAAUCCAUGAGACAAGCCCGACUAUGCCCCAUGGGAUACGUGGUUGUAGCCUAGCAUAAUAAGGAUACUCACCAGUUAGCCAUGUCCCCUUUAUGUCCACACUCCAUGUCACUACUAAGCAGCACAUCACUGGUGACUCCUGAAGAAAACAAGCAAACAUGGAACAUAAAAAAACACGUCUUAAAGACGUGAACGUGGAUGGAACGUUCUCUUGGGUGAAACGCGUCUUGAUGUGGUGGACUUACGGAGACACAAGAUGGCGUCCAAGGACGGCAAUUCUCCGCACACAGCCAGGGAGUCCCCCAGCACCGUGUUACAAUGUUUGCAAUGGAAGCUCGUCCAUCGUUGGUGCUCCUUCUCAUCGACAACCUUAGCUUGGUCGGUGCGUUCUGCUAGAACAGACUCGUUAAACUCCAUGUCGACGAUGUGGGCAAAACAAAAAGCCCGCCUGCGCAGGACAUCCAGGAAGAAAACCGGAAGUAUGUGUUUGUGGCACAAACCAUAAUAAUACAGGUAUGUGGCGAUUGAUUCUUAAACUAACCAGCAUUCGCUUCAUGUAAAAGACGGAAAUUAAAUAUAAUAUAUAUAUAUAACUGUAACACGGUCAGCCACAGCACUGAAAGUUUGAAUAAAUAUUUGUCAUUUUUUGUUAACAAGCGGAAGUUAACACAUACUGUACAACUGUGUUCUGAUUGGCUGGCAGUUCUUAUACUUCAAAUUAUGAUUGGUUGAAAGCUAGUUCCGCUUGUUUUCACGAGCCAAUGAAAAGCGCCCCGCUAAUGUUUCGAAUUUGUUUUGUUAACGGUUAGCCAGAGCGAGUAGUGUGUGUAUGUGGAAGAACGGAACUAGUGAGCGCUUUUCUACUUGUUUCUACGUUUUUCUGUCAUCGGAACAAACCCACGAAUAUGGAUUUGCAUUCCAUGAAAUACGCCGAACUUCGCGGUCUGGCGAAGCAGCUUGGCCUGAAGGCUAAUAUGAAGGCCGAUAAAUUACUAAAAGCGGUCAAGCAGCAUUUUGACCGACAAAAGAACACCGAAGAAGAAGAGAGAAAAGACCUUCAGGCUGAGGUUUGCAACGCCCCCCCAGUGUUUGUGAACACACGGCGGGGGAGAGCAAAAAACAAAAGAAACUCUGAUGAUAACUUUGAAGCAAUCACAUCACCGGGCAAAACACACCAGGCGCUCAGUGAAGUGGUCUCACCCAGUCCCCCCCAGCAUGCCCACAAGAGGACACGAGUGUCUUCGCCCCCCAAGACUGAUGAUGCGGCAGAGAGCGAGCGUGUUGCCGUGCCGACGGACACGGACAGCCAACUGCGGCGUGACGCCAAGGACGAAGGAGUGGCGCCAUCGCCGCCCCUGCCGCCGCCUUCCAGGGCUGGUAAGAUCCCUCGUUUGAAAGGGGAUCCGAUGAAGAGGAGGCCCUUGAAACCAGUCACUCCCAACUUCCAAAAACUCCACCAGGCCAAUUUCAACAAAAUGGAGUCCAUCGACGCUUACAUGGAGAGGAAGAGGAGGAACAUGGAGACUGUGAAGGACGCUCCACACGGUCAGCAGAGUAUCUCGUCCAUGUUCAGCCCCGCCCCCAACAACAACACCAAAGACGUGACAACCGGCGAGAAACACAGAGCGACUCUCCGGUGUUCCGCCAAGGAGCCUCCGAAGAAAGCAACAGGGAAGAAAGAUGGCGUCUUCAAGCCGUCCGUGCUCUCCACACGCAGGAUUAACGUGAGGUUCUCCGAGGCCUCGUCUGACAACGAGUACAAGAUGUCGCUGGUGAAAACGCCGGCUCGUAUGUCCUUCAACGUGACCUCUAGCACGCCGCGGCAAUCGGCCGUUGGCAGGAAGUCCGCCACCGUCAGGACCUCCACUUUGUCUUCCACCAAGACCCCAGCGGCGUUUGUUUUCACGGGCAACACCAGCGGCGUCACACCAGGAACCCAGAAAAGGCCCACUUUUGACCUGAAGGCCAGCCUGUCUCGCCCGCUGUCCUACAAGCCCCACGCAGGCAAGCUGAAGCCGUUUGGAGACGGGAAGGACGACAAAGCCGCCAACACGUCGCAUCAGAAACAGUACAAGCAACGCAAAGUCCAGACUAGGGAGGAGAGACAAGCCAAACACGCAGAAGAUCGCAAGCAGAAGAAAUCCAACAUGCUCUGUGCCAGAAGAGGCCUGGUGAUGAUGUGAUUCUGGUGUUGUGUUGUAAAUAUGUUCUUUGUGGUGCCGGGCUUGGAGUCUGGGCACGUGUCUUUUAGAACUUUAGAUGAGGUACUUUAAAUGUACUUUGAACGUACUUUGAACAUUUGGGAAAUGUAAAAGUUGCUCUUAUCUGAUUUCUGCUUCUUUUGAAAUAAAAAAGACUG